AUGGAUAGAACUAAACGAAAAUUAACUUUUGCUGAAUUAUCUGCAGUGAAAACAAAGAAAUUGCAAAGCAAAUUGAACGAUCCAGAUAAUUUAUUUCAAUUAAUAUUCGCUUUAUCUCAAUUAAAAUCAUGUCGAUUUACGUAUUUUUCGGAACGUGAUAUUGCACUUCCAAUUGCAACUAGAAAACAACAUAGUACAAUUGAAACUCUUGCUUUGUAUACAGUUGAUACUUGGAAUGAGAUUCUUACUCUUACGUCUUAUACAUCUAAUCUUCGUCGUUUGAUAACACCGUGUGGUAUGGAUCGUGAUAUAGAUAUUGAAACGUUAUUACCAUUACGAUUAUCAAAUUUGACUUACCUACGAACAUGUUUCAAUUAUUUAAAUUUUCAUGAAUUUGAAAUCUUUAUUAAAAAAAUUUAUUCACCAUUGAAAAUUUUACAUGUUGAAUUUUUAGUUGAAGAUGUAAAUUUUCGUGAUAGUGAUUGUUGGGAAAAUUUAAUUUUAACGUCUUUAUCUCAUCUAGAAGAAUUAUAUUUAAUAUAUAAAGAAAGAUUUCCUCCUUCUGAUGACCUAAUAUUUUCUGGUAAACUAAAUCCAUUCAGUUCACCAUUUUGGAUUGAUCGACGAUGGUUUUUUGAAGUUGAAACUGAUAUUAAUUUUGUUAAUUACAUUGUUCGUCCAUAUAGAAAAAAAUGGUAUGAAGAUGUAAAAAAUGAAGUUUUACAUUCUUCCAUUGAAUAUUCAAAAUUUAUUCAGCUAACUAUCAAUGAUACCGAUGAUGAUGAUGAUUUUUAUACAACAUCAUUUAUUCUUAAGCAUAUUUUAACAAUAACAAAUAUUCAUCAUUUAGAAAUCGAAAGAUCUAUAGAUAUUCCAUUAUUCAUUCAACUUCUCAAUGCCUUAACAGAUGUUGAGACGUUGAAAAUAUAUUCUAUAAUAUGUGAUAACCGAAAAGUGGAUUAUAAAAAGUUUUCAGUGGCAAGUUCAAUAAAGAAAAGAAGUAAAAUUAAAAAUGUUUAUAUAAAAAAUGUAAAGAAUAUUGAUGACAUAUUUUUACUUAUGACAUUGUGUCCUCAUAUAACUUAUCUCAAAAUAGAUAAUAUUAAUGUUAUAAAUCAGAAUGUUAAUGUCGAAUCGAUUGUAAAUGAUUUCAUCAACAGAAGUUGCAAUAAUUCAACAAAUUUAGUUCGUUUGCUUUGUUUUCGUAUUCCAGCAGCAGAUGAUGGAACUAUUGAAAAAUUAAAAAGAACAAUAAUUACUAAUGGAAUCACUUGCGACUAUACUAUCAAACGUAUAGUUGAUCGUAUUUAUAUAGAAUGGAAAUUAGAACCAACGAUUGAUUCUUCAUAA